UACACAAGGAAGUACUACAUUAUCAAGUGGAAGCACUGUUCACCAUGGCAACGUAUAUAAUCAAUAUUUUCGUUCUAUUUUGCAUCUUGUGUGUUUUGAAUGAGUUUCAGUGUUUUUUAAGAAUUUUAGGUAAAAUUUUCAAUUGAAAAUGGCUUCACCAUCUGUUCCUGACUUUAUGGAGCGAAAAGGGUCUUUAUUUCUUCGCUCAGACCACAUGGAUUAUGGAAGAGCGACCCUGAUUUCAAAUUGGUGAGUUCUCAAUUUCAAAAAAUCUUGCAUGCAAUGUUGAUGAGAAUUUUUGCUGUUCUUUGUGUAUGAAUUACCAUAGUAAAUGUGGGUAACAUAUGAGUAUUGAAUCAGCCGGUCCAGUCCAUCAGUGAUUGAUGGGUGGAUUGGUUGGUCCAGAAACAGUCUGUUGGUCCAGGUUGGUCAGUUGGUCCCGGUCAGUCGGUUGGUCCUGGUCGCUCGGUCAGACAGUCCUUCCUCAUAUUGCAUUUAAUUUCAAAUAAGUGUUACUUGCUUUUAUCAUCAAGGCACCAAGCACGAGAAUCAGAACCCAAAGACUAUGAUAUAAAUGAACAUGAUCCAGCCAAGAGACGCUUGCAUCUUUCAACAUACAGAAGAGUUGGAAAUGGAAACAGUAAUACAGUGAGAGAUUUGUCUUGUAUUCCUUUCAUACCUUAUGCUCCACUUAUAUCAGAAACUGAUUUAAUCCUCCUAGAUGCAUUAUCCCUCUACGGCUCGUCCAUCUUAGUGUAAAUGCAAGCAAGACAAACUAUUCAGACGAACCAACUAGAAUAGCACAGCCUAUAUACUAGCAAUGGUACUAAAGCUGCCUUAUUAAUUUUUAGUCAUCACUUAUAUCAACCAGCCAUGACCAGAUGCAAGAAGCUAUUAAAUUGAAGGAUGAUUUUCAGCCCAAAGUAACACGAGUGUCAAUGAUUAACCAGGAUAAUUUUGAUCAUGCUGACUUAAAUCGGUGGGUGUCAAAUAUGAAAUAUAUAAGUCAAGUGCAUUGCUGGUUAAUCUUGUUCUAUCCACUAUUUUUAUUAGAGUUUAUAUUCAAUCCUAAUUAAUAUGAUGUUUUUCUUAUUUUCAUAUGCAUAGUGAUACAGGGUGUCCAAGUCGAGGAUAUGGUAGUGUACUACCCAGACAUGCUGUCGAUCAUAACAGGAGGUGAGAAAUACAUAGAACGAACAAUCAUUUAAUCAGUCAGCCAGUAAAUAAAACAUUAAUCAGUCAAAAUCAGCUAAUCAAAAAAAACAUCAGUGAGCAAGUCUGUGUAUUAUCUUUGAUUGAUUAACCAUUCAUUAAACAAAUUAUCAGUAAAGUAAUCAUUAAAUCAUCAGUUAUAUCACCCACCAUUCAGUCAAUAAUUUAAUCAAUCAUCUAUAUCAAUCAACCAUUCAAUUCAAAUAUUUCACCAAUUAUUCAAACAGUUUGCAAUCAAUUAUUCCAUCAAGUAAUUUGUCAAGUGUCAACUCAAUUUAUCAAACAAUUACCAACUAAUCAAUGCUUACACUAUGUCAAUUUUCACCAAUUCCAGGUACUUUGAUACAACUCAAAAGGUGGACUUUCAGCCACCAUAUCCGUAUACAUCAAAGGUAAUUGAAUAUAUGUAUGGGUUAGCACAUUAUACCAAUCAUAUAUGCAGUCAUAUUUUCUAUCAUCUUAUCUUAUCUUUCUAUCUAUCCAAAUUAAAGACACCAGACGUUGAUGAUCCAUAUGAAUACAACUCGUCACCUCUGUGGAAGAAAUGUCACUCACAAUUCACAGAUGUUGAUGAUUAUCGUCACCGUGGUAACAACACGUGGCACAACCAAAGCGGUUGCUAUGCCAACAAUGAACUACGUACAACAGUUGUUCCCAAAACUGAUACUAUACCUUCAAGACUACUUUGAUAAUUUUUAUUGUACAUAAAUGUAGUGCAAGAAUAGUGUACAUUAUAAAGUCAGUGUAAGAAUGUUAACAUAAUAUACAUAUUUGAUACAACAUCAGGACUGCAGUUCAAAAAGUGGAGUGGUGAUAAAUAUUUAAACUGGGAGUUACUGGAUAAAAAACUUCACCAUUUAUGCAAAUGUCCUUCAUUUUCUAAUUUAUUUUGGUGUUGGGGAGGCAGUCCCCCUUCCCUUGUAUGCCUAUGGUAAGAAUCUUUCUUGAUAAUGAUAACAUUCCUGGUGUCUGCCCCCCCCCCUCCUCGUGCCACGCCCUUCCCCAUAUGUUGCCCUACCUUCACAUUAUGAACUACUCUUUUAACAAAGCCUUUUUUAGUUGCUAUCUUCCUCAUCGCUAAAGUAAGAAUCUUUCUUGAUAGUUUUCCUCUGUUUGACAUCUCGGGACGAACUUUCUCCUUUGUUCGUACUUCGUUCCCGUUCAGCUAAAGCUGCCGACUCAGCAAUUGCUGCACUUAAGCUGUCAUUGUAAGGAUCUUCAAUAUACUCGUCCUCAUCUUCAUCAACAUUCUGCUGUCUAAAUAGAGAGGGGCACAAGUAAAACCAAAUGUACAUGUCUUUGGUAUGAACAAGCUUUCGUUGGUAG